AUGGUGAACUUCGGGAGAUCCGGAGCAUGUAUCACAUGCAAGCAAAGAAAGGUCAAGUGCGACGAAUCUCGGCCAGGUUGCCAGAAAUGCCAUAAAAUUGGCAAGUCAUGCCCUGGCUACCCUGACAAAUGGGACCUUGCAUUCCGCAACGAGAACAAGAUAAUUCAAAGGAAAGUACAAUGGAAACAGAAAGCUCUUGAGGAAUUCCCGUCAGCCAAGCUGCUGAUGUUGGAGAAUGCUCUUGCAGACGAGAGACUACAGGCCCUCUGCUUGUUCUUUCAAGACUACACCAUUUCAACUUGUGGAAUAUGCCCUGGCUGGUUACACUUUCUACCUAAAAUGUAUCAGAUGUCAGCAGCGACUUCUCUGCUUCACCACGCUGUCUGCACCGCCGCCUACGCAAAUUUAGCACAGAAGACCGAACGUCCGGAUCUUGCCAUCAUGGCUAUGUCCCACUACCGAGAAUCAUUAGAGGUUGUUAAGCAAACUCUAGUAUUUCCAGGAACCGCUUUUGACGAUUCUACGAUGACUGGCGUAAUAUUACUUGGCAUAUACGAAUGCAUUAACAGCACGCUGGUUGAAGGUUCUUAUCAUCACAUCUCGGGCCUCGAGACUUUGGCAGAUCUUCGUGGCUCGCUACUGAUGCAAGGCUACGGACCGAGUCUGCUGCAAACAGUUUGCUGUCAGAUGUUGCGACGAAUCCUAGAUCGAAGAGUUCCCCCUAGCUCAGUCGAUGAACGUCUGGUGAAGCUGCUCGACCCAUCGCUUCUGGGGAACGAAAUGAUCAUCAACAAACUUGAGAUUAGCAAAUUCAUUGCCAAUGUCGACGCCAAGAUUCUUUCUGGUCAGAUCCAACGCCACUGGGACGAGAUCUUGCUGGAAUUUGAGCGGCUAGAGGGUGGUCUCUUCCACUGGAACAUGAGGGCUUCCCAGGAAUUUGGAUUUGUACAAGUUCAGCAGCCAACAUUCAUCGACGACAAGAAACCCUUCGUUUACCACUCCUACCUUGGAUUUUGGAGCUUGAGCUUAUGGAACAAACACCGGGCCGCAAGAAUUCUCCUUCAUCAGACCUUGUUGGACGGACUCGAUGCGAUGGACUCUGGGAGACUGAGCAGCAUCAACCAAGACCAGAAGUCAAUCUCAAAGUCCGUCAUAAAAGAAAUGGCAGACUUCAUUCUUUUGAGCAUUCCUUUCUCCCUAGGCGAUGUCCCGCUGCCACCCUCCCUGAACGGUCCCAAAAGUGUCGGUGGAUACUUCCUUGUCUGGUCUUUGCAAGUCCUCCUUCGAUGUCCGUCCGUAUCGGAUGAUCAGCAAAACCAAGCAAAGAAUGCUUUGCUACGAAUUGGUCGACGGUGCGGAUUAAGUUAUGCAACUAUCUUCGCAAAGAAAUACGGAAAUUCGUCCCCUACGCAGAUCGUCAAACACGUCCCACCCCAACAAAUUCCGCUCGGCAGUACCCGGUGA